AUGACUAGACGCAGCGUUUCAUGGAGACUAGUCACUUGCUUAUCCUCCUCUCCUAAGUUAUCCUUGAAUGUCUUGUGCCUUGUCGUCACAGUCUUUGUUCUUCUCCAAAUAUGGUCAUUUCACAUUACCUUACAACCCAUUUUACUCCCUCCAUCACUACUCACAUAUCUAAACCACCACCAACAACAACAACAACCUGAAGUAUCCCACAACGAUUACUUGGUGGAGAAGCUACGCGAGUCGGUAACAUUUCUUCCCCUAAAAGACCUUCGUUUUUCAAACAAACCACUCGAAGGUCAUACAUGGUUCAUGAGCUCUCUCUAUGAUAACCAAACCAAAGGAGAGGUUCAAUAUCAAGAGUUUCCUUCAGAAUCUUCCAGAGAAAGGCUUCUGUGCUUGAAGGGGUUUGAUAAACAUGAUGGGUCAUGGAACUACUACGCACUAGCUUGGCCUCAAGCUCUUCCGGUCAACGCUAGUCUCCAAGAGGGAUUGACAUUUGUUUCAUAUAAUCAUUACGAUUACGGUAACAUGUGGCAUGGAUUAUCUGCCAUGGUCCCGUUUGUUGCUUGGAGCUUAAGAAACCAAUGUGAAAAGCCUCACAGAUGGGUUUUAUACCACUGGGGAGAACUCAGGUUCAACAUGGGAACUUGGUUGAAAGAGAUCAUCACAGCUACUUAUGAUCAAGAACCAGAAUUUGUACGGUUUGGUGAUGAGAACACACCAGUUUGCUUUGAGAAGGCGGUUGUAAUGAGACACAACGAAGGUGGCAUGUCAAGGGAAAGAAGAAUAGAAGUCUUUGAUCUCAUUAGAUGCAAAGCAAGAAGUUAUUGUAACAGCUCAUCCAAGACCUCAAAACCUCGAAUCGGUAUGACAUUGCUUAUGAGAAGCGGACCAAGAUCGUUCAAAAAUAUUUCAGCCGUGACAAAUGUUUUUAAGAGAGAGUGUAAGAGAGUAGAAGGGUGUGAACUAAAGAUUGCUUAUUCAAACAAUCUAAGAUUUUGUGAGCAAGUGGAGCUAAUGAGAAACACAGAUGUGUUAGUGUCACCACACGGUGCACAACUCACUAACUUGGUUCUAAUGGAUAGGAAUAGUAGUGUGAUGGAGUUUUACCCUAAAGGAUGGCUUAAGCUAGCAGGUGUUGGUCAGUUUGUGUACCAAUGGGGAGCUAAUUGGUCAGGAAUGAAACAUGAAGGGGCGUGGCGUGAUCCAUUUGGAGAAACAUGUCAAUUUCCUGAUACUGAUAGACGAUGUAUGUCGGUCUACAAGAAUGCUAAGAUAGGAUACAACGAGACUUAUUUUGGCGAUUGGGCGAGAAGCGUUUUGGAAAGAGUAAAAAAGAUGAAAGAUGUGGUAGAACGCAACCAUGGUUAUGAAUCUUUAGAUGGUUGUAUGUGUUGA